AUGAUCCCCUCUUCGCCCAAUUUUCUUCCAUCAUUUGAUCCCGCUCUCGAACUCCACUCCGAAGACCACGGCAAUAAUAUCCAUCCUCUCCCCGAGUCCUUCUCCGACGAUAUAGAAGCAAUCCACCUCCAUCGCGAAGAACAAACCCGCAACAAAGUCGUGAUUCAGCACCGUUCUUGGAAUUUAUCGGAUGUAUUCCGCAGCGAAGACGACAUAAGAUUUGAUACUCCGACGAAAGCCUCCAUCCCAACUUCCGGAGCGAACGAUUGGACCCCAGGCCGUCGUUUGCCGUUUCUACCUUCCUCCCCACCAACUUUAAAAAUGCCGUUUAUAUCUUCUCCCGGUGCGGCGGCGGCCGGCGAUUCGCAGAAAAGAAAAGCUGCCGAGGUCGAAAGCUCUCCGGCCGCGGAGCCCAAACGACAAAGGAUUCUCGGAGGGUUUGUCGACGACGACGACGAUGACGAGGAAGAAAACGAUGAUAUUGCUGCGCUUAGAGACGAAGAAUUGAAAAACCAUUUCCAGCUGCAAGAGGGUGCUCAGCCAGUGCUGGAUACUAUCCCUUCGAUACUAGAGCAGCCACCUAGUUUCACAAGUGGACUAGAAGAAACCGAGCUGACACCUACGACCUCAAAUAUCCAAACACAACUGGCCUCUCGACCUGCUUCCAAAAAAUUCCAGAUCAAGACGUGCAAUGGAAAGACAUUCAAUGUUUCAUCGAAGAACGCCCAAGCCCCCGUUUCUUACGAAAAAAUGAUCGCAAGUCGAUCCGAAACAGACCCCGGCAAAGCGAAGAAAAGCUAUUACGGAAUUGAUAUCCAUAAGUUGAUGGAUGAGGCUGCAAAGGAGACGGAAAUAACCAAACCUCCUCCACCACCUCCUGUACAGAAGUCUGUCGAGCAGGAUGAGGGACAAGCAAAACAAAAGAGAUUAGAUUCUAUGAUGUGGACUGAGAAGUAUCGUGCGCGCAAGUUCACAGAUCUCAUUGGAGAUGAACGUACCCAUCGCGCAGUACUUCGAUGGCUAAAAGGGUGGGAGCCAAUUGUUUUCCCCGGUAUAGCACGCACCCGAACAAAGAAAUCAAACCCAGAUGAUGAGGAACGCCCACACCGAAAAGUCCUCUUGUUAAGCGGACCGCCUGGUUUGGGAAAGACUACAUUGGCGCAUGUGUGUGCUAAACAGGCUGGUUACGAAGUUCUUGAGAUCAAUGCGAGUGAUGAUCGAAGCAGGGAUGUGGUUAAAGGGCGAAUUCGAGAUGCCCUUGGAACGGAGAAUGUCAAGGGCUCGAAUGUCGAGAUCGGCGAGAAGAAGGUCCGCCGCGCCGCUAAACCUGUUUGUGUUGUCGUCGACGAAGUUGACGGUGUUACUGGCGGAUCUGGAAGUGGCGGCGAGGGCGGUUUCAUGAAAGCCCUAAUUGACUUGGUAUUACUUGACCAAAGAAACUCGAAUCGGUCUGGUGAGACACAAGGCAAGAAGCGAAAAGGUGAUACGUUCCGCUUCCUUCGACCUCUUAUCCUUGUUUGCAACGAUCUAUACCACCCCAGUCUUCGACCAUUACGAGCCUCUUCUAUUGCUGAAAUGAUAAGUGUUCGCCAAGCUCCGUUGGAGAAUGUCGUCCAACGAAUCAAGAGUAUUUUUAUUCGAGAGGGUAUUCCAUGCGACGGAGACGCUGCCCGAAGACUCUGCGAGGCAGCCUGGGGGUUGGCAGCCAGAAGACAGCGCAACUCUAAGAACUCAGGAUCUGCCGAGGGCGAUAUCCGCAGUGUCCUCGUUGCAGCCGAAUGGGUGGCGCAUAAACUUCGUAAUGAAAGUUCGGACUCUUUGAGAUUAACUCGAUCUUGGUUGGAGCAGCGAGUUUUGAGCGCAUCAACCGAGGGAAGUUCAUUUUCCAAAGAAAUGAGUCGUGGUGGUGUUCGUGAAAUUAUAAACCGCGUGUUUACCGAGGCUGCAGGUUUCUCAGAUGCUCCAAUUGGAAGAGAUUCUUUCCAGGGCCAAUUCGAUGAUUCUAAAAGUCGUGUUCCUGUUGGAGUGGCCGAUUUACGAAAGCGUCACGGUAUCAAUCGUCUACGAGAGAUGAUUGAUUCCAGCGGUGAACAUGACAAAUGUGUCAAUGAAUGUUUUGCCGCCUACCCCAUCCAGCAAUACCAGGAUGACACCUUCCUGUCCAAGCCCAAUGCUGCUUACGACUGGCUUCACUUCCAUGACUUGAUAUCUUCCAAGGUGCACUCAUCUCAAGAGUGGGAGUUAUACCCUUACAUGAGCCAGUCUGUGCUCGGGUUUCAUCAUCUUUUCGCAACCGCUAGUGGUAAAACGGAAGCCGCUGAUAAGGAUGAGGAUGAUGAAGAUAUGGAAGAAGAGCAUCCGUUUUCAGGGCCCAGAGCAGACUUUGCUGCUUUCGAAGCACAAAAGCAAAAUCGCGCAACACUCAAUGCAUUCCAUUCUUCUUUCCCGGCACCAUUGAUGCGUAUGUUCCGGUCCACAGAUAACGUGGCCAUUGAGUUAGUCCCGCUUCUGGUCCGCAUGCUAUCGCCCGAUGUCAAACCCGUGAUCGUUCGAGGCGCCGGCGAUUCAAGAAGCACAGCUAGUGUACGCAAAGAAUCAGAGCGUGCUCUAGUUCAGUCUGCCGUGCGAGUUAUGGCUGGCAUUGGAGUGACAUUUGAAAAAGUUCGCGUGGAGCACGAGGGAGGAAGCCAUGGUGGUUGGGCAUACAGAAUGGAACCGCCUAUUGAUUCGCUUGUUACAUUUUCGAAAAUUAAAGGGAGCGCCAUGACAGCCAGCAGCGGCAAUGCGCCAGUCCGUUACGCUGUGCGCCAGGUCUUGGAUGAAGAGUACCGCAGGGAGACCAAGCGAAAACAAUCUGAUAUGUCAAAUGGGCCGUCAGCUGGUGGUAUAUCAGCAAUCGGCAAGGCUCCCAAUGGCCAGAGCGAGGUUGCCAAGAAAAUCAAAGAGGGUCUUGUCAAGCGUGACUUCUUCGGGCGGGUGAUUCAGGAACCUGUUCCUCAGCACGGAGACUCAGAAGAUCCCAAUCAAAUGGGUGAAGGGUCCAAAGCCGGCAGGAAGGUUUGGGUUACGUAUCAUGAAGGUUUCUCAAAUGCCGUGCGGAAGCCAAUCUCAAUGGGAGAACUAUUGACUGGCUUGUGA